AUGGAUAAGUCGCAGCAACCCAGCUCUUUCCAGCAGCUGGAAAAGCUGGGUGAAGGUACAUAUGCUACAGUCUUUAAAGGACGCAACCGCCAGACCGGCGAGCUGGUAGCGUUGAAGGAGAUUCACCUUGAUUCGGAAGAAGGAACACCAUCGACAGCCAUUCGAGAGAUCUCGUUGAUGAAGGAACUGAAGCAUGAGAGUAUUGUCUCACUUUAUGAUGUGAUUCAUACGGAAAACAAGCUCAUGCUUGUGUUCGAGUAUAUGGAUAAGGAUCUGAAGAAGUAUAUGGAUACGCGAGGCGACCGAGGUCAGCUGGACCACGCCACGAUCAAGUCAUUCAUGCACCAGCUCCUCAAGGGCAUCGCCUUUUGUCAUGAGAAUCGGGUUCUCCAUCGAGACCUCAAGCCUCAGAAUCUCCUCAUUAAUAAGAAGGGUCAGCUCAAGUUGGGCGACUUUGGCCUGGCCCGUGCUUUCGGCAUCCCUGUCAACACCUUCUCCAACGAAGUGGUGACACUGUGGUAUCGUGCUCCGGACGUGCUGCUGGGCAGCAGAACGUAUAACACGAGCAUUGAUAUCUGGUCCGCCGGAUGUAUCAUGGCAGAAUUGUAUACCGGCCGUCCUCUGUUCCCCGGGACGACCAACGAGGACCAACUGCAGAAGAUCUUCCGCCUGAUGGGCACCCCUUCGGAGCGUUCGUGGCCCGGUAUCUCUCAGCUACCGGAGUACAAACCCAAUUUCCACGUAUAUGCAACACAAGAUCUGGGACUUAUUCUGCCUCAGAUCGACCCCCUCGGACUCGAUCUGCUGAAUCGAAUGCUUCAAUUACGGCCAGAGAUGCGCAUUAGUGCAGCGGACGCACUGCAGCAUCCUUGGUUCCAUGACCUACCUCAAUUACAGGCUCAGUUGCAGCAGCAGCAGCAGCAACAACAACAACAGCAACAGCAACAAAUGGCUGGAGGUUACGGAGGGAUGGUCCCACCACAACAGGCAUACUAA